AUGUACUUUGACAUCAAAUUCCAUGAUUUCCAAGGAAAGAAUUACAAAUGGGCUAUACCUAAACUGCACAAGGAGAUUGUCCCAGAGAAGUGUAAGUUUAAGGAGGACAAGGCAAAUAUGGAUGAAGAGAGAGAUCCCAUGGCAGGAAUCAUGGACUUGAUGAAGGUAAGGUUACCAAGCUUUGAGAAUAUGUACAACGAAGGGGAUGCUGACAUGAAAACAACAAUUGCCAAAGCAUAG